CCAGAGUUCCCCGUCUUUCUAAUAAGUGUUCCUCGACUUCUCAUAAAUAUGUUUCCCUAACCAAACUCGGUACCAUAAUUGACUUUCCCGAUGUAUCUCUCAUCAUAUCGUGCUUAUUGAGUAAUCCUACAUCAUCGAUCUUUGUCUCCUCAAACAUCUCCAAUUGAUUGGGCCUGUUAGUGACUCAACACUGUUGGAAACUAACAACCAACAAACAACACCAUCCUUUAUCUGUAAAAACAAAUAUAAUUUGGGGAACAAAGUGUCGAGAGAUAUCAGCAUUCCAAAUCAUGGAUGAGUCCAAAAUGGAAACCGAAGUCGAGUCUGUUUCCUCUAACCCAACGCAAGAGGAGGAGGACCCAAAACGCUAUCUAAAGGGCUUCCGCCUUAUUGUCGCUGUGUUAGGGUAAGUACAAAUAUCCCACUCCACAUCAAAUUUCCUGUUUGCUUUUUUCCUAAAAAGAAAUUACUCUACUUACUUACAUACUAGGCUUGGAAUCAUACUCUUCUUACCCACAGCCGAAGCGUCGAUAGUCAGCACAUCUCUCGUUACCAUUUCCGAGGAUAUUGGAAGUUAUGAUCGAAGCAGCUGGAUUAUUACGUCCUACCUGUUAACCUAUACAGGUACGCGUGCAGAUGGGCUUUCAUCCGCAGCGAUGAAAAUUCUAUAUCUCUUCCUAAUGCUGUAAAACAGGAUGCUUGAUUGUUUGGUCUAAGAUAACCGGGGUUAUCGGUUUGCGGCCUGCGCUGUUAUGGUCUGCUGCAAUUUUCAUCCCCUUUUCGGGCGCCUGUGGGGCAGCUAAGAAUGUGGAGCAACUGUUUGGAGCCCUUUCUCUUGUUUUUGUCUGUUCUCUUUCAUUUGUCGUCUUCUUAUUAUGCUAACAGCUCACUUCUAGUAUAACCUUCCGCGCUUUCCAAGGCAUAGGGGCCUCGGGUCUCUAUUCCGUUUCCACAAUAGGAAUGUUUCAACUUGUGCCGCCUCGUCAAUAUAGUCAAAUAAACUCGAUCGCAGCCUGCUUCACGGCUGUGUGGCUUCUCAUAGGUCCCGUUGUUGGUGGAGCCAUAAGCCAAACGGGUGAUUGGCGGUGGAUAUUCUACAUGGUGUGCGUAGUUUCAAUUUUAUACAGUGUGGAUAGACUGGCUAACCGAAUAUAGUCUCCCUAUACAAGCCAUCUCCAUUUUCCCCACCCUUUUAGUUUUACCAUCUCGCUUUCCAUUGCAUUGCGAACCUAAAGUCAAAUCCAAACUCCAACUAUCAAGCAUCUUAGACUUGUUUAAGAAGAUCGAUGCCUUGGGAACCAUUCUUCUCCUAGGUGCCUCAGCACUCCUAGUGACUGUUCUCGAGGAAGGUGGUGUGCAACUGGCCUGGCGAUCUGCUGUAAUAAUCACAUGUGCUAUUCUAUCAGGUAUCUUCUGGUUGGCUUUUAUUUUCUGGGAACGGACCUCUGGCCGCGACGACUCCAGUGAAAAUGCCAUGUUUCCCAGACGGUUUUUUGGCAACCAGAUUUUCAUGGCAAAUUUGUUGUUAGUACUUACCCUUCUUUGAAAAUCUAUAGGACCUUGCUAACUACUGCCAGCGGUUUAUUUGUUUCAGGGGUUCCUGUCAUAGUAGCGGUCAUAGAAUUGCCCCAACGCUAUCAAAUAGUCAAUGCAGCUAGCCCACUUUCUGCAGGCGUCCGGCUACUCGCCUACGCAGCUCCGUUGCCUUUUGGAAUCGUGUUUGCGAAUACGCUAACUGGGAAAUAUCGAGUCCCCUUCAUAUACUCGCUUUCUGGUGGAGCCAUUCUACAGACCAUUGGGUUUGCACUGCAGUCAACAUUACCUAACACUCUUCGCACAUGGCCGGGCCAGUAUGGAUAUAGUGUCAUUACUGGUCUUGGAAUGGGGAUGUCAAUGGGAACCUACUACAUAAUGACUCCUAUUUCUGUCGGAAAGAAAGAUCAACGUAUGAUGACCCCUCUUCUUUUCUGACUAUGCAAAUGAUAACACAAUGGGCAGAUCUGGCUGUAGGUGCCGGCCUACAAGCUCGCCUUCUUGGCAGUGCCUUAGGGAUUGCGAUAGUGAACAACGUCCUGAACAACUACUUGGAAAGACAUCUGCCACCAUCACAGCUUGUAGAUCUGCGUAGUUCUACAGCGAGUCUGAGCCACUAUCCUAUUGAAAUGCAGAGAGGCAUCAGAGAGAUUUAUGGUGAAGGUUUCAAUUUGCAGAUGAGGGUUUCUAUAGCGUUUUGUGCGGCCCAGUUUGUGGUUGUGGGGUUGAUUGCGAGAAAGAAGGCACUGAGAAUAGACGAAAAUGGAAAGAUGACUGGAGGGGGUUUGUAA